UGUUACAACCAGACUCAGUCCAACUCUGUCACUUGUGUGGUACAGAUUGACGCGUGCUUAUAUUGUAAAUUUCCGUGUUCAAAAUUGUAUGAACGACCUUACUUUCCGUGGUGAAUUUGUAGUUUAAGUGCAGGAAAUUACAGAAAAAUGGAUAACUCAUCCAUCAGUGAAAUAGAUCAAACAGCAUUGUUGGUAUCCCAUCUGGCACAGAUGUGCAUGGACGCUGACAAUGCGGACGUCACCUUUAUCGUGAAGGGCGAGCAUCUACCAGCGCAUCGGAACAUCCUAGCGGCAAGGAGCGAAUAUUUCCGGGCACUUUUAUAUGGUGGACUGAAGGAGUCAAAGCAGAACGAAAUUGCACUCGAUGUUCCGGUAGAAGCAUUCAAGUUUUUGAUGAAAUAUAUCUACACCGGCCGUUUGCCGUUAAAGAAGAUGAAGAACACCGACAUUCUAGAUAUACUUGAGUUAGCUCAUCAGUAUGGGUUUAUCGACCUGCAGACGGCUAUUUCGGAUUACCUUUGCAAAGAUAUUUGCAUGGACAAUGUGUGCUAUAUAUCAAGAACUGCUUGUUUAUUAGACCUUAACAGCUUAUCCACUGCAUGCUACACGUUUAUGGACGAGAAUGCGAGCAGUGUCUUGAAGUCGGAUAUGUUCCGUAGCAUAUCCUAUGAGGCCCUGUUCGGUUUAUUAAAGCGGACGACUUUUUUCGCUGAUGAAGUCGAAAUCUUCAAAGCUGUUCAUGAUUGGUGCCGAUUCAAUGAAGCAAAAUCAGAUAAAGCUGAGAAGCUCUAUAAUCAGGUACGGUUUAUGCUGAUGUCUCAGCAUGACCUUUUGAAUGUGGUGCGGAGUGCAAAUGUCCUGGAUCCGAAUCGUCUGUUGGAUAUAAUUGCUGAGAAAGAGAAGUCAUCGGAAUUGCCUCAUCGUGCUACAUCCUUGGUGGAGCUGACUAUAGCCAAUGAUAAGAUUAAGUGGUCCCCAACAUUUUCAAAUAUGUUGAGCCUGAAUGGUGAAAUCGAUUUGGGUAAACAUAUCAUGGUCAACUGUAUUCGAGUGGAAAAGUCAAAUGUAUACUGUACGUGAUAGAGGGACGCCAGAAACUUGUUGCCCAAGAUCAUCGCUUUAGAACGAGUCUCAACCUGGAAGGAGUGUUUUUAAUGACGUCUCGUACCAUACCUUAGCAUUAACUUCCUCACUGGUUUACCUUAUGAGUGGAAUUUAGUAUAAAACCCCCGUCAAAGAGCACACGCCAGGGAAACAGUACGGCACGUUGCUAUGUGUCACCGAUCGUUUACGUUCGAAAUGGGACGGAGCAGGCCGCACCACCAUCACCCAAAAGCGAUACCGUACGGAAGCUAGCGAUGAAUUGUGUGCAAAACACGGCUUUAAUAUCCAAUCGGUCGUUUUGUACGUGUGCAACACCUCGUAGACUACACACGGCUUAUGGCGCACUGUCCAUACCGAGCCGGCUUGGGCACAGACGAGUGUCGGGCAUUCGCUUUACCGCGUCCUGUGGUCAUCGUCGUCAUUGCACACCGAUGAGUCUCACGUUUAUUGCCCUACCCCGUUUCAGUUCACACAGUGGCGCGAGUGGCAUGGGAUAAUGUACAACGAGAAAAACAAAAACAAUAAAUGGCAGUCCGUUAUUGAUCCGUAUUAAAUUUUUACUAGCAUGCAAAUCAAUUUCCUCACACUUUCCUUACGCGAUCUUUUGUGACCUGCGAUUACUGCGAGGGUACGGGAGGAGAUGCCAACAGAGUGGCAGCCAUCGUUAGUGUGAUUGUCUGGGGGCAUCGUUAUGGCGGCAAGUUUGCGGAGACAAAUGCGUGUGCGGCCGGCUUUUGUUGCUGCACGACGGCGUUGGCGAUAUGAUGGCGGUCUCCACUUUUGCCCGGUUUCGUCUGGAUGUCUGGAAGGGUAGCCUUGUGCACAUCGAAGUGAAUUGGUUUUUGCCAUGUAAGGGGGGAGGCGAAAUAUUAAAGCUUAUAGAGCCCGUUUGCAACACUGUAAGCUUUAAACGGGACAGAUCAGUCGGUGCACAGUGGUAUGAAGUGUAAAGGUUGAUGAAGGAAGUUAUCUACGGGGAUUCAACUUUCAUGGACAGUUCUUAGGUUGGAAUAAAAUUCUGUAUCAUUGCUGACCGUAGUUAAAUAUUAUAUUCCCAUAAAUAUGCAAUGCAACUCGUGGUUUUUUAAAUGUUAAAAGUCCAGUUGGCGAUCGAGUGAAAUUGAACGUAAAUUAUUGGCUUUAGAUGAUAUCCCAAAAAACGUUAAUAAAAAUACGAAUAAAAAGAUAAUAAACGUUAGGAUAUUCUGCUGUUUUGUACUAUAGUUUACAGGGUUUCCCACGAUUUUUUGGUCGUAUCCCAUAGAUUUUUGGUUCGUUCCCAUAAUGUAUUGGUAUUUUCCGAUUGGAUAUCAAUACAAUUGGACCAAAAACUUCUGGGAAACGACCAAAAAAUCGUGGGAACGCAUCAAAAAAAUAUGGGAACCAACCAAUAAAUCGUGGGAA